AACCACAAGUCCCAGCAUUCACAUACUUGACAGAGAGAGUCUCAGUCGUAGGUAAACAACCUCUGAUUUUGUUUGUGUGUGGCUCAGUGCUGUAAAGGAGGAGGCGUGGCCUAUCACCAUGGCCACAGGACAACAACAGGUCACACAAUACAAUAGCCGUAUGCUAAGUCACUAGACCUCCUGGCUGCAGACUUUGGUGCCCUGCUAUCUCUCUGCAUUAUUUUGUUUCGGUGCUAUUAUAAUGGCUCUGGAAAGGAGACAAGACUGGCAUCUAACCAGUACCGGCGUUGGGCACAACUACAGGGCUCAGGUUCCUUUCCCCCCUGCACACAUCCAGUCAUCCCUCUUCGAGCCUCUGCCACCAGUGCAGCAGCAGACGAGUGACAUCAGAGCAUGUGAUGGACUGAUCAGUAUAUAUGAGACGACCUCGGGCAGCGCUCAUGCCAGGAAGUACCCAGGGGGUGUCCUGGCGCAGCCCAACCACCCUCUCCCUCCACCUCAUUGGAAGGUUCAUUAUAACAAGGAUCUGUGGGACAAGCUAAAACUAAGGGAAUGGAGGACCCCACUGGAUCCAGUAAACCAGAGCUCCGAAAUGAAAUCACAAUUCCUGGGGGCUCCAGCUCAGGCCACCACCAGCACCUUCCACGCAGGACCUCAGCCCUUCACUCUGGAAAAUCACCUCAACAAGGGACCAUCACAGUCAUUAGUGGCAACUACUGAAAACAAGAUUGUGUCUGGAGAACCUUUCUAUAUAAGAGACAAUGGAGUCUUGAGCCUGAAUGACAUAUAUGCGUCCACUACGGCGCGGGACUUCCGGGCAUUUACCACGAAAGAACUGGAGGGCUAUGCCAAAAAAGAUGCCUUAACAUACUGGCAGGCUGAGGAUUACCCUAAGGCCUGGGGGCAUGGCAUGAAAGAGAACCCUUUGCCCAAGGAGAUGCUGCCAACACUUCGUCGCCCCCCUCCAAUGCGUGACACCAUGCAGUUUCCCGUAGCCACAAAAUUGCCACGGAUACCGCCACGUGCAAAAUCUGUCCCUCACAGAGGACUUAAAACUCUGGCACAGGAGACCUACCACUGGCCCCUGGAUGCCAAAAGGUCCCGGGAUGUUUACUGCCCGCUGGAAUGCCCCUGGACAAUGCCACAUCCCGGAGCUGAGAUAACAUCCGUGCCUAAGAUGUACGAAAAAGAAUAUGAUACGUAUGGCAGUAACCGGCCAGUUGCCGUGUAACACAAGGCACAAUAAACGGUCCAACUGAAA